AUGGCACCCACCAGGAAGAACAAGGAGUGCUACUUCAAGCGUUUCUUGGAAAUAUUCAAAGGGCUACAAAUCACAAUGUCGUUCGGGGAAGCCUUACAGCAGAUGCCCCCUCUCUACUCCAAAUUUAUGAAAGACAUCCUCACCAAGAAAGGGAAGUAUAUUAACAAUGAAAAUAUUGUGGUAAGGGGCAAUUGCAGUGCAAUAAUCCAGAGGAAGCUACCCAAGAAAUUCAAGGACCCCGAAAGUGUCACCAUCCCUUGUACCAUAGGGAAGGAAGCGGUAGAUAAGGCCCUCAUUGGUCUGGGGGCAAGUAUCAAUCUGAUGCCUUUAUCGAUGUGCAAAAGAAUUGGAAACUUGAAGAUAAAUCCCACUAAGAUGACGCUUCAACUGUCGGACCGCUCAAUCACAAGACCAUACGGGGUGGUAGAAGAUGUCCUGGUCAAGGUACACCACUUCACUUUUCCGGUGGACUUUGUUAUCAUGGAUAUCGAAGAAGACACAGAGAUUCCCUUUAUCCUAGGCAGACCCUUCAUGCUGAUUGCCAACUGUGUGGUGGACAUGGGGAAUGGAAACUUAGAGUUGAGUAUUGACAAUCAAAAGAUAACCUUUGACCUUUUCAAGGCAUUGAAGUACCCACAAGAGGGUUGGAAGUGCUUCAGAGUGGAGGAGAUUGAUAAAGAAGACGUCAAUAUUCUCGAGACACCACAGACUUUGUUGGAAAAAGCCAUGGUAAAUGCGUUGGACUGCCUAACCAGUGAAGAGGAAGAAGAUCUGAAGGCUUGCUUGGAAGACUUGGAUCGACAAUAA